CCUCAAAUUACAUCAUUUCCUCAGUGGGUGGAAACGUCGGCGGGGAGGGCCUCCUCGGGUAUAAAAGAGAUGAAAACUGAAAAUCAUCCGAUCCAGAGAAAACAAAAAUAAAGGCAAUGUAUUGAGUGGAGAUCCAAACACAACUGAAACAAAAAGUCUUUGUGUUGAUCAUUUCAUUGUUCUGUCAAUCAAGUAAAUGGCAGCUGCAGAUGAUUUACAAUUUCAAGAGUUUGAUGAUGCCACAAAUCUGCUGGCAGCAAAUCCAGAUGCUACCACAAUAAGCAUAACGGACACCAAUGAUAAACCUAAAAAUCAGAGAGGCCCACCAGGCAAGUUGGGAAGAGAUGAGGAUGAAGAUUUGCUCGGGAAUGAAGACUCUGAUAAAGCAGAGUUGCUUGCAGGACAGAAGAAGAGUGCACCAUUUUGGACAUUUGAUUAUUAUCAAACAUUUUUUGAUGUAGACACCUACCAGGUGUUGGACAGAAUAAAAGGUUCCCUUUUACCAUUGCCUGGCAAAAAUUUUGUGAGGUUGUAUAUUCGGAGUAAUCCAGAUCUUUAUGGUCCCUUCUGGAUAUGUGCCACACUUGUGUUUGCAAUAGCAAUAAGUGGCAAUCUUGCAAAUUUCUUGACUCACCAUGGCCAGCGUGGUUACCGCUAUGUACCUGAGUUCCAUAAAGUUUCUAUAGCAGCUACAGCUAUCUAUACCUAUGCCUGGCUUAUUCCUCUCGCCCUUUGGGGCUUUCUAAUGUGGAGAAAUAACAAAGUGAUGAACAUCGUCUCAUAUUCAUUCCUGGAGAUAGUGUGCGUUUAUGGAUACUCGCUGUUUAUUUACAUUCCCACUGCGGUGCUGUGGAUUAUUCCUAACGAAGUAGUUCGUUGGAUCACAAUUGUACUUGCAAUGUGCCUCUCGGGCACCGUGCUAUUGAUGACCUUUUGGCCAGCUGUCCGUGAUGAUAACCAGAGAAUUGCCAUAGCCACCAUUGCAGUAAUUCUGAUCCUUCAUGCCCUGCUUGCAGUUGGCUGUAAGGCUUAUUUCUUUGAUCCUCCGGAACAAGUCAAAACUACAUUUAUAUCCACAACCACCCCUGUUACUGUAAAUGGGACUACCUUGGCUUCCAACAGAACAUAAUCUGCCAGAUUAUUUUACUGAUGACUCGGCAAUUGUUCAGUCUGAAGAGCCUUCCCAAUCAUUGCAACUUGGGUUACAUAAUUAAAGAAAAAUCUUCAAAGAUGUUUAUUCAACAGACACUGGGACACUUGAUUGUUGCAAAGAUCCAAACUGACUCAAUUAAAUUUUGGGAUUAUUCUCAUUGUGACUGCUUGGAUUAUCUGUUCUAUGUUUUCAUGAUCUUAUGAAAGAUAUACUUGUUACUGACUGUAAGUGAUUUUCUCUAAUACUUCAGUAAUUAUUUUGGUAAAAAUUUUGUUUGAUUGUUCACUUUCUUAGCAAAGAAAUCCAGUGCUCUAUUACUGAAUGUCAAUAUAGAGAUUUAUCUAGUGCUAAAUUUGUAUAUUAGCUAAUUAGUACAUUUUUGUAAAGCUAACUUUAUCCAAAACUCAGUGCUAAUCUUCAUGAAUGUACAUUAAUUAAAUGAAUAAUAAUA